UUUCUCAUUCAGUCUGUGAUUCUGUCUUAUAAAUUCCAAACUGCUAUAGAAACUGAUUUCUAGCAGAUAUGUAUGCGGUGAAAUAUACGCAAAACUAUAUCUAUCGAAGACGUGAUCGCACGAAAGUGGUGUUAAGGUCUGUGUCCACCGAUUCGUCAACCAUAGGGAUCCUCAAAUUUAUGCACAACUACAUAUACAGGAGCCAUAAGUGCACCAAAAUCGUGCUAAAUAGAGUGUCCGGAAGCGAAGCCACCAAGUCAAUUAGUACGAUUGCAUUUGCAAGAAAGCUGAUGCAGUUUAACAAAGAAGAGGAACAGAUUCGGAGAUGGGACGCAGCCCUGCAAAUUGAAAACCUUAGAGCAGAGAAGUUAUCCAGUAAAGAAGAUAACUAUGUUGAUAAGAACCUGGCGUCUAAUAAUAAUAAGGUACAAUGGACGUCCGGAAAACGUGGUUUCUUCUUGGACAACAAUUAUCCAUAUACGGGGAGAUGGACAUGGGCUUGGACUACACGAUUAAGUAUUUAUGUAGAAAUGGUGUGCUGAUCGACUUCCAUGAUAUGAAGUCCAUUGAGGACGAGCAGAUCAUUACUGAGGAAGGGGAAAUAAAAUAUGUUGUGACUUCGGAGAAAGAUCGGCAAAUGGGAGACCGGGUAUAUCUUAGUUUGUAUUACGGGAGUGAAUGGAAACAAAAGCACAAGGUAAAAUAUUAAGUUUGUGGCCAAAAAAUUAUUUAUGAAAUGAAUAGAACUUAUGAAUCACUUAUUAUCAGAUUGGAGACACGUGCUCCUCAUUGGAGACACGUGCUCCUCAUAAACACUUUUACAUUCUCAAACUGGUGAAGAAAAUGUACCCUAAAAAUGGAUAAAUAGCAGCUGCGACAAUUGAGAGGUGUUUAGAUUCUUUGCAGAAUUCUAUGCACUGUACUGCGACAACAUCGUAUUAUGUAUUUUAAAUGUUCUUCAAAAAUCAGAUCUGUGUAUUUUUUACGUUUUAUGUGAAAAUUUGGAAAUGUAUGCACUACACUGCGACAA